AUCGAGACAUUAAGACGCGAAUAGUGGAUGUCUUAAAAAUCAAAAUAAAAUAUUAAAAAUAUAUUAAAAAGGAAAAAUAAGAUUCAAUUAUAAAGGAAAAAUAAUUUUUCUUUCUGUUUGUUUCAAUUUUAUUUAAAAACAAAGAAUUAAAUGCUAGUUUAAAGUUCUUAAUAAGCGAGAUACAAAAGUUUUGCAAGAAGAAAAAUUUCCAACAGGAUAAAAAAGAGUAAAAAGAAAAAAUCUGAAUAUUCGUGUCAUUACAUGUUUUAUUGUGAAUUGAGAGAGAUCUUUUAUCCAAGUGUAUGAAAGUUUUUUUACACAAAGUUUGAACCAUUGCAUAUACCUACAUAUACUAUAUUGAGAGAAGAUUAAAGACAGCACAAAAGGAAGAGAAAAAAAAGUUGAAACAAAGGAUCAAAAAUUAAAGAAACACAAGAGAAAUUAUUGUUCAAUGCUGACAUGAUUUGCUGAGUUACACAAGAGCAAGGAAAAGAUUUUAUUUUCACUGUUUAUAAGUAAUGUUUUAGAAGCACAUGCUUUUGGAAAAAUUUAAAAGUAAACAAACAAUUGUUGGUUUAAGCGUGCAUAACACAAGAUUAUUUAAAAAUAGAAAAGAAAGAUAGAAAAAUUACAUCUUGGAUCUAAUAAAAAUCUACAAAUCUACGAUUAUUCAACAAUAAAUUAGAAAAAGUUGACAUGUUGGAUCGAGGACCAGUUCAAUUAGAGAACGAUAAAUUGCGUCGUGAUUCACGAAUUGAUUUGUCAAAUUUAUGUGUAUCAUCAAAUGCAAUGAGACAACACAGUGAUCAAAAAACGUCAACGACACGUGUUCGUAAUUCCAAUGGUCUCUUUAUAGAUUCACAGGGAAACAGUAUCCCACUUAGUCCAGUCAGUAGUAGUAAUUCAUCAAGUAGUAGUGAUAAUGUUGAACACCAUAAGCCAGUUUCAAUGACAACUUCAGAGGUUCUUAAACAGUAUGGAAGUAGACUAAGUGACUAUGAGAAGCAAGAGAUUGAAAAGUAUCCAGAAAUUUGGUACGUAGGAUUAGAAGCAGUAAAGAUAAAUGCAAAACCAGGAACUCCAUUGAAUUGUGGAUAUGAUGAUGAAAACGGAAGCUAUAAUAAGGUCAUUCAUGAUCAUAUUUGCUAUCGGUAUGAGAUUUUGGAAGUGAUUGGCAAAGGAAGUUUUGGUCAAGUAAUUCGUGCACUAGACCAUAAAACCAAUCAAUAUGUCGCAAUCAAAAUCAUUCGUAAUAAGAAACGAUUUCAUCAUCAAGCACUCGUAGAAGUUCGAAUUUUGGACGAGUUAAGAAAGAAAGAUGCCGAUGGAUCUCAUAAUAUUAUCCAUAUGUUGGAUUACUUUUACUUCAGGAAUCAUUUGUGCAUAAGUUUUGAGUUAAUGAGCUUAAAUCUUUAUGAACUAAUAAAAAAGAAUAAUUAUCAAGGCUUCAGCUUAAGUCUCAUUCGACGUUUUUGCAAUUCUAUAGUUAAAUGUUUGCGCUUACUUUAUCAUGAAAAUGUAAUUCACUGUGAUCUCAAACCGGAAAACGUUUUACUAAAACAACGAGGAAGUAGUUCGAUAAAGGUUAUCGAUUUCGGCAGUUCAUGCUAUUCUCAUAGAAAAGUUUACACCUACAUCCAAUCUCGCUUCUAUCGCGCUCCUGAGGUUAUCCUUGGACUCUCUUAUGGUACAGGAAUCGAUAUGUGGAGCUUAGGGUGUAUUCUUGCAGAACUCUACACCGGAUAUCCUUUGUUUCCGGGCGAAAAUGAAGUGGAGCAAUUAGCAUGUAUUAUGGAAUUAUUGGGUACACCGCCCGAUGAGUUAAUAAAUCAAGCUACACGUCGUCGUCUCUUUUUUGAUUCUAGAGGAGUUCCACGUUGUAUAACUAAUUCAAAAGGCCGUAAACGUAAACCUGGAUCAAAAACCUUAUCACAAUCACUAAGAUGCAAUGAUACAUUGUUUAUUGAUUUUGUAAGCAAAUGUCUUGAAUGGGAUCCAAAGAAGAGAAUGACGCCAGAUGAAGCAAUUCAUCACGAAUGGCUACAACCAAGUAGUUCAUCAUCAACGUUUGUAUUGACAUCGUCUACAUCUGCCACAUCAUUAGUCAAACACAAUCGAUCUAAUGAUCAACUUAAAGAGAAUGAUCAUCAAAGUCAGCAACAGCAAAUUUUGCAAAAAUUUCAACGAUCUCAACCUAUAACACCAUUAACAAUUUUACCACAAAUUAAAACACCAUCAUCAAAUCAUCGUAAUCAGCGAAACAAUGCAACAACAACAUCAUCCAUUACAAAUGAUUCCAAGGAUGGUAAUCGAAUAAAAGUUCUUGGAACAUCUACAACUGAAUUAGAUGUAACAACUCAAAAACAAUGCCAGUACUAUCAGCCGCCACAAUUCCGAAAGAUAUCGACUACCAUAAAUAAUCAUGCAAUGCAAUAUUCGACAAUUUCAAAUACUUCAUCAUCGUCGUCUUCAUCAAUAAAUAGUUCAGGAAAAUAUGGAAUGUCACAUUCUCAAAGCACCGGAGAUGUUUCAGCUAUUUAUGGAAAAGCGUGACAUGUACAUAUACUUGAUAAGAAUAUCAAACCUAAUCAAACACAUAAGUUUAUUAGAUAUGCGAACAAGUAAUUAUGUGAUUUAGCAUUAUGAGUGUGAUAAAAUCUGAAACAAAAAAAUGUUUAAAAUUCUCUUAAAGGAACCAAUUAAUUGAUAAUUGAAAAUUGGAACAAAAUUACUAUAUAUAUAUAUAUAUAUACGAUUUAUUAAUGAUAUCAUCUUACUAUGAUUCUAUUGCUGAAAAUUAUUUUUUUGUUCGUUUUUUAUUUUCAUCAUAUGUGCGAAAUAAACUCAUCCAUGAGAAAGUGAAAAUGCCUAGCAUGCUACAAUUUUUAAUGACUGACUAUUGGGCAUGCCUAAAGCAAGUUACAAAAAAAAAGCAAACAUUUUGGAACUUGCUUAAAUUUACAUCGCUGAUAUUGAGGCAAGUCAAAGAUGAAAUUGUCGCUCAUUAGGAUAAUAAUCAACAUUAAAUUAUAUAAUAUGCAUACAUAAAAAUUACAAUAAAAACAUUGUUCAUGAGACUGCAAAUUUCUCUGCUUUAAUCUUUAAGAUAUUAAUGCUUACAUAUAUACAAGCAAAACAAAGAUUUUACGUUUCAUUUCAAUUACUAAUCAAAAUUAUGAGCGAAGGUUUUCUUAGUUUUGUGAGUCAUUUGGGAAACUACACAUUUUUCAUAAUUUUUUCUUAAAGGAAUAAGUAUUAAGAUAUGCGCCUGGAAUAUUGUGGGUAUUGCGCGAAUUCUUGUCAUAUUGACAAUUCUUUAUUGAUUAAGAGUUCGGCCUCUUUUAAGAAUCAUCUACAAGUCCUGUAAUGAUUACUGAUUUCCUGUCUUUUGUUUAACAACUCAGUGUCUGAAGCUCCUUGCAUCUAAACCAGAAUUUUUGUAAAAAUAUCUGUUCAUUAACGGUACCGUUUAUAUCUCGUUCUUAAAUGUGAACUUAAAAUGUUCCGAAAUUCACAGUUACUUGUCUUAAAGAACAAAAACUACUGCCUCUGGAUAUGAAAAUGCUCUGAAAACAUUUAAAAUGUAUUUAAUUAAAAACAUUUUAAACACAAUGAGAAAUGUUGACUUCAAAGUUCAGAAAACCUUAGCAGUAAAACUUAUGACAAAAUCGGUCAACAAACAAGAAGUGAUAAAUGGAUUAACAUAGGUAGAAAUUUUUUAUUAUUGUCGCUAUACUCGAAUUUGAAAUAUGAUGAAACAUUUCUUUUUUAAUUUUUGCAAAUUCUCUUAUUUUUGUCUUCUAUGCAUAAGCUUUAAAGGAAGAAACUUGUCUGUACAUUUUCUUAUGAAUUUUUAACUGUAGCCAUUUUUAUUGUACUAAAACAAAAUAUCAGAAUAAUAAAGAAAAAAAUAAUAUCUUCCACUGGAUUUAAAAAAAACAAAUAAAAAAUAUUAUUAUAUAAACAUGGAUGUGAAAUGUUGAUCAGAGAUGACAAGAAAGAAAAAUUGUAUAAUCAUAAAAGCAAAUACAUUUUUAACUUAGUGAAUGAGACAAAUCUUUUUAAUAAUUUUUGUUGUAGAUAAAUUUAACAAAAAUGGAAUGCUUCUAAAGAAUUUAAGAGACCAAACAUGUAAAUCUACUUCCUUUUGAUUGACUUUACAUUAAAUCCUCAAAUAAAAUCAAUUAUGUCAACCUAAAUCAAUAAUAAUUUUUAAAAAAACAACAACAAAAAAACUAGAGGAAAUCAUACAA